AGGUCAAACUAAAUGAUGCAGAUGUUUCUGAUAGACUCGAAUGCAGCACACGCCUGUCGUCAUCGUAUCGUGAGUUCAAAGGCGCUGGAAACUUUACACAGUGUUCAUGCAGCUUCUCAACAGGGUGGUAAACAGACCGACUUGAAAAUGUUAAGCGGCUGGCCAGUGAUCAUGUGGCUCUGGAUUCUUCUGACAAUUAUGCCUCUGUUAACAUCUGCAUAUUCUGAAAAGGAAAGAGCACAGGAACUGAUGGACAGGUUUCCUCUGAUUGAUGGUCAUAAUGACCUUCCUCUUAAGAUCAGGGUCUAUUAUAACAAUCGUCUCAGCCAGAUUGACCUGCAGAAAAUCAGCAAAGUUGCCACUGACAUCUCUCGUCUCAGAGCUGGAAGUGUGCAAACACAGAUGUUUGCGGCCUAUGUUCCGUGUGGGGCCCAGGAGAAAGAUGCUGUGAUGCUGACGCUGGAACAAAUAGAUUUGGUCAGACACAUGUGCAAUAAGGCCCAGGACUUGGAACUGGUCACGACCUACGACGACCUGACCAAUUCUAUGAUGAAACAAAAAAUAGCCUGUCUGAUAAGUAUAGAGGGGGGUCACUCUAUUGACAGCAGCCUUGCAGUUCUGCGGAUGUUUUACGAGCUUGGGGUCCGCUCCAUGUCCCUCACACAUAACUGCAACACUCCCUGGGCUGAAACCUCCACAGAUCUUUACGGUGUAUUUCAAAGGGAGAACAACAGCUUAACACCGUUUGGCAAGUCUGUGGUGGAGGAGAUGAACAGAUUGGGAAUGAUAGUGGAUCUCUCUCAUUCUUCUUGGGAAACGGCCUCGGCCGCCCUAAAGCAUUCCAGGGCACCAGUUAUUUUCAGCCAUUCAUCUUCCUACUCCAUUUGUGAUAACAAACGCAACGUACCUGACUGGCUCCUGCGUGAGCUGGAACAGAAGAAUGGCUUAAUCAUGGUGAAUCUCUACAGCAAGUUCAUUUCCUGUGGUAAAGACGCCAACAUCUCUGACGUUGCUGACCAUUUUGACCACAUAAAGAAGAUCAUUGGGGCUAAGUCAAUAGGAAUAGGUGGUGACUUUGAUGGUGCUGAUAGCUUUCCUCAGGGUCUACAGGAUGUGUCAAAGUACCCCGCCCUCAUUCAAGAACUCCUGAAGAGAAACUGGUCUGAACAAGACCUUGCAGAUGUCCUCCGAAGAAACUUCCUGCGAGUGUUCAAGGAAGUCGAGAAUGUUCGUGACAACAGCCAGCACCUGAUGCCCAGUGAAGACCAGAUUCCCUCUGAAAAAGUUAAGAAUCUCUGCAGACUAGACCGUCAUAAUCCAAUUCUUCAGAGAUCAAUUUCUGGAGCAAAGUUCAUUUUACCGAAUUUGUAUCUCAUGUCAUCACUCUUACUUCUUUCUAGCAUUUUUAUGAACAAAUAAACAUCAAGAAUUACA